AUGUUAAGAAAUUUAACGCUAGAGAAAGCUAUUAACAUUGUUCGACUGAGCGUGGCUCUGUCAUUUUGUUGGCCGCUGCGUGCAAGCAAUAGCAAAACUGUGAUCUUUGGUUACAGAGUAAUGCAAAUUUGUGCAGCUAUUAACAUAUCCUUAUUACUUCUGCCUACAUUAUACACGGUGUAUUUACGAUCGGACGUAGAAAUUGUUUCUCACUGUGUUGCCCAGGCGAUAUGCGAGUUUCAAUGUAUCGUUCAAACUAUUAUAUGUUUCAGCAAAUACGACACUCUGCAACGUAUAAUAGAGGAGUUGUGGAGCUUCAUCGAGGAGGCUCAACGAUACGAGAGGGAUAUUCUUCACGAGUAUUUUGCGAGAAUCAACGUGUUUUAUGGCGGUUACAUCGUAGCUAUGUACAUCAUCGGGUUCUUUGGUGUGAUCGGAACCUUGUUCCUUCCAAUUGUUGAUCUAAUGUUCGCUGAGUAUCCGUUUGACGUUAAUAAUCGGACGUUAGUGAGCGUUAUUAUACGUGCGCAGCAAAUCAUCGCUUGCCACCAGGUAUGCGCCCACGAAUGCAUGUGUUUGUUUAGUGCGCUACUAAUUUGGUUCACCGCAGCGAGAUUCGAAUGUUUAAUAGUAGAACUGCAGAGCGUCGCGGAUAUUCGUAUGCUGGCCCCGUAUAUCGAGAAACACUUGCGUUUAAAGAGAUACGCGGAAGAAGUGGCUGAUUGUUUUCGUUUCAUGGUUCUGUUUGUCAUAGCAGUUUGUACGUUUGUCAUAACUAUAUGUGCCUUAGCAAUAGUCACGAAUACACCACUGAUAGCGAAAAUGCUGUUCGUAGUAGUAACUGCGUCCCUGCUCAUGCAUAUUUACAUGUACGCGUGGCCGGCUGAUCACAUGAAAGAAAUGAGUUUGAAAUUUUCACAAUGUGUAUAUAAUUUACCAUGGUACGAACAUACAACAAGGAUGCAGAAGAAUCUGCUGAAUGUCUUGAUAUACCAAAAGCCAGUUAUUCUUUCCAUCAGUUGUCUACUACCGGAGCUUUCUUUGCGUUACUAUUGCUCGGUAAACUGUAUUAAUGUUCGAGCGUUGUUUAAGGGUCAUGUUGCACCAAGGCUCAUUCUCUAA